AUGUUUUCCACUUACACGAAAUUCGACACGCAUUUAAAGCCUGAGCAAGUGCCAGCAGUUGGAACAGCUGCAUCCUGCGUGAAAGUCGGCACGUGUCGACGUAGGAUUCCAGUGCUUCUUGAAGCGAUGAUCGAAGAAUCCCCGGUGAUUUGCGAUCCGUGGCAGUGUGACGUGACGAGUGCCGGUUGUAAUGACGGGAAGUUCGACGACGAUUUCCGCUUCGUCCCGUUGCCUGAUAAGACCGAAUACUUGGCAAAAUUAGAAACCAAGCUGGCGAAAAUGCGAGCGGAUUCGAGUGGAAGUCAGCAGAAGCGCCGCCGGGCUCUUUUGGACGCUCUUUCGGCGUCCCGUUCGGACCACGUGACGAGGUUCCUCGAAGACGACGAAUUCCGGGUGUCGGGUUCAUGUGACAGUAUCGACGCGGACUCGACGGCGUCGCGACUGCUGCGGAUCGUGGCGCCGGAACGGCUGGCACUCACGACCGAGGAACUCGUGGCACUACUGAAAGCUGACGAGUUGGACGCCGUUACAUCGUCGUCGUCUUGUGUGACAGCUUCGGAAGAUGACGUGACCUCGACUGGUGAUGAUCAUGGUGGUGGUGGUGGUGCUGGUGUCGGUGAUGGUGUCGUCGAUGGCACCAGUGGUGCGGAAACGAGCCAAUGAGCCGUAGGGCAGUUUCUACUCGUGUGCUGCGCGUGUCAUUCCGCCGGGGAAUAUUAUGACUGGAUGUGAUAUUCGUGUGUUUGCAGGCAGUCGGUGUGUCUGUGUUUUUUCUUUUCUUCUGUGUGUGUGUAUGUCAAGCUCACUUCAAGUGACGUGAGGGAUGAUCCGAUGGACGUAGGAUCUGGUAUUUAUGCGCCUGUUUGUCGAGAUCUUCGAAUUACUGCACUUCCCUACGCUGGAAGCUGAGAUUGAGUGUGUCCGAGGAUGAAGCUUAUGAACGGAUCAGUUUAAUGAUGGACGCACGGAAUCAUGCGAAGGUCUUGCCGUUGUUGAAAGGAGACAUGGACGCAGAAAAUAUGUGUGUGUAAACCAAAGCCAUCACGUUCGAAGAUCCAAUGCAGUACUCAAGCAUUUUUAUUUCGUUUGCUAAUUCUGAUGCCGGUUGUGGGUUUAAGUAAAAAAAAAAAUCAGUCGACAUCAGCGUCAUUUUAAGAUCAGCCUGGUAAACUGUGAAAGACAAUGCAACCGGAAAGGUACGAGUGAAAAUUCGGCUAAACAAAAUUGAAAUUUCCUACCUUUUUCAAGCGUGUAGCGAAAUGAAUUUCCAUUUCAUAAAAUGAAAGCAUUCACGAUCGGAGACGUUUUUCAAAAGCAACCCGUGAUUCGGUGUCACGUUUGAAUUUUUUAAUAGGGUGAAUGAAACUGCGGUAUAUUCUGUUUUCUCUAUCGAUGGCAAGAUUCAAGCUCGUCAAACAGGUUUUCCAUGCAUGAUCUUUUUUUUCAACAGAGUGUUUAUGAUUUUUCUCCGGAGGUACUGAAGAAAAUUUUCUGAGCUUUCCGC